AAGUGAACCUUUUUUUCCUUGGUUUUUAGUGUAGAUAUAGAAAUAAAUCCAACUGGGAGACAGAGAUAAAGAAAUUUUUGAGAGCUUAAUCUGCUAAACAUGGAAGAAUUGAAGUUGCUAGGAGGUUGGCCUAGCAUAUUUGUUUACAGAGUUAUCUGGGCGCUGAACCUCAAGGGAGUGGAUUAUGAAUAUGUAGAAGAGGACAUGCACAACAAAAGUGAGUUGCUUCUUAGGAGCAACCCUGUUCAUAAAAAGAUUCCGGUGUUGAUUCACAGGGGAAAUCCAGUAUCAGAAUCCAUUGUUAUUCUUCAGUACAUUGAAGAAACAUGGAGACAACAUCCGUUGAUGCCGGAUAAACCUUCCGAAAGAGCAACAGCUCGGUUCUGGAUGAAGUUCCAAGAAGACAAGAUUAGAGUGUUCUAUGCAUUCUUUCAAGCCAUUGGAGAAGAACAAGAGAAGGCAACAGAAGAGGCCAAGGAAUUAUUGAAGACAAUAGAAGAGCAUGGCCUGGGUGAUAAGAAAUUUUUUGGGGGUGAAGAGAUUGGACUGACUGACUUGGUAUUUGGAUGGAUAGCUGGGUGGCUUCACCCCAUGGAAGAAGCUGUUGGUGUUCAACUGCUAGAAGCUGAGAAAUUCCCACGCUUAUGCACUUGGAUUCGGAAUUUUAAGCAAGUUCCCAUCAUCAAAAACAACCUGCCUGAACAUGAUAGAUUGCUGAUCUAUUUCAAACAGCUGAGGAAGAUGUUCAUUGAAGCUACAAUAUCACAUAAAAAGUGAGAAUUUAGGCUUUCUACAGACAUCUCUCUUCUGUUCUCUUCAGGUUUUCUUUUUGACUUCUGUAAUUCCAGAUUUCUACAUUUAUGAUGUUAUGUAAGUCGUGAUCAAGUCUAGCUACAUAUCUCUUUCUGCUUAUAAACAGUCCACAGUAGUACAUAAUAGGGCUCACAACAAAUCAACCGUAUUCACAAGUUGUUCGAAUUCAGCUCAA